GUUUUCAUGAGAUUUUUUUAAUGUAAUUAUCCUUAUAGUCCCUACAAGAUUACAUAUAACAUAACUAACUAACGAAAGAAAAGAACCAACGGUUGGAUGGAGGCACAAUGAUUCGAGGCCCUCUCCUGUUUAACUUCGGGUCUUUUCGAUAUAUUACUGAGUUCAAGAGGUGCCCAUGAAUGCGUCACGAAGUCCCCGAGCAGAGCCUUUUCUGUACAACAUGACGUAGAGGCGCAAUCGAUGUUUAAGUGGCGAUAUAGCGCCAACGCACAUCUGCGAAGUGUAGAUAAUAUGGAACUGUCUGUUUCAACCGUGAAAUGUCUCAUCGAAAACCUGCUGCAGAAACAACAGGCAGAUUAUGAUGAGGUGAUAGAGACUCUUUUCUCUCAAGUCUCUGGCCUGGAGGAUUCUCCCAAAACACCAGAUCCACAGGUAGAUAGGAGUGGGAGAGCGUCUGACUACAGCCCGUGGUCCUGGCCGACAAUCUAGUUUGAGGAGUGUGCCAUCCAGCUGUGGAACUGGACAGUCACUAAGAAUGUGGGGACCACUAUAAGUAAAAACCAGAAGGCCAAAGUGCGCCAUGUCGCAUGCAGUGUGCUGUACUGCUGUGAGCCCGAAAAUCCAACAGAGGGCGUCAUCCGCAAGCAGAUUCUGAUGGCCAGCAAAACAGGGAGAACCUGGCUGGACUGCAAAGAACCCCAGAAGGCAGAUCACUUCUUAAGACUUGCCGUCAAGAGCCUGGAGACCCUCUAUAGUCAACUAAUCUCCAGAGGUGAUGGAGCAGCUGACAUCGCUUCAUCCAAGGGGGAUGUGGAGAAGGAUCUGCUUCGAAUUCUCUCGUGCCAGGCAGAGUCGGCCUUAAGUCAAGGGAAUAACCACGAGGCUGUGGUCUAUGUGCAGCGCUGUAAAGACAUGCUGCUGAGGCUGCCCAAAGAUACUGCGUACCUCUCCCUCAUGUGCUACAACUUUGGAAUAGACACUUACAAUCUGAAAAAUUUUGAGGACAGUGCCUUUUGGUUGAGCCAAAGCUAUGAUAUUGGCAAAAUUAAUGUGAAAUACGCCCCAGGAUCUGAUGUCCAGGCCAAAGUAUUGAGGCUCCUUGCCACUGUUUAUUUAGAGUGGGACUGUCAGAGGUUUCAGGAGAAGGCUCUCAAUGCCGUCAACUUAGCCAACAAGGAACAUGUGAGCACCUCUGGGCUGUACCUCAAGAUCAGAAUACUGCUGAGAUGUGGGGCCUCAGACAAUCAUGUGAGAGGAGGACUUCAUGAGAUAUUGGAAUCGGAGGUUUCUCUUGACGUGUGUCUGAGCACAGUGAAACUACUGUUGUCUGCAGACAGAGAAGUGCUGGCAUUUGAGUAUUUGAAACAUGUGUGUCAGCGCUUUGAGUCGUCCCCUGACCUGGGAACUGCUCUUGUCUUGAACAUUGAGCUGCUGCUGCAGAGAGGCAAGGAGCUGCUGGGUAAACAGAAGAUAGAAGAUAUCAUCACUGGCCAUUAUACAGGGAAACAGCUGACUCCACAGGCCCUCACAAGUCUGCAUGUCAUUCUGUGGGACAAAGCAUCGCAACACUUUGAGGCCAAGAACUAUUCUGAGGCACUGCAGUGGUACAACUACUCCCUCGGUUUCUUCAAGGGAGGUCAAAUGGAGCCCAACGUCGCCAAACUGCAGAGGAACAGAGCUUCUUGUUUCCUGAAGCUGAAGCAACUGGAAAAGGCCAAAGAAGCGAUCAAAGAAGCAGAGAGAUGCGAUCCUGACAGCAUUUUCACUCAGUUCAGCAUUUACAAGGUGGCCGUGCUAGAGAACAAUGUGAAGAAAGCUGCAGAGGCAGUGAGUGCAAUGGGGCAACUGUCCCGGUGUCCCGUGGCCCACGAGGACAAACUGCUGGUUUCUGAAAACGCUGCUUCCAAUCUCCUCAGUCUGGCGGCUCAGAUUGCUUUGGAGAAUGAACAGCAGGAAACUGCCAUGAAGGCUCUGGAGAGUUUGUGUGAAAACUCCAAAGAUGAGGCCCAGGUUCUGACUGCGCUCAGGUGUUUGGUUCGUCUUGUGCUCUCCACAAUAGAGAAAUCGAGUGAUGAGAUGAGGAAUGUGGGUCUGGAUGCCCUGCUGCUGUACAUAAAAAUGGCUCUGCAGAUUGUUUCACACCAGACUCACAUGAAUGUCGAGCAACGCACAGAUGAAGCCAACUGGUUCAGGAAGAUCGCCUGGAACUCGGCUCUGCAGUGCGAGAGCAGCCCUGACAGGAUGAGGGAUUUAUUUGUGCUCUCUUACCAACUCUCCCAGUCCUGCCUUCCGGAUCGCACACUGCUCAUGGGCCAGAAGACGUGUCUGCUGAUGGCUGCUGCUGCAUCUCUGAAGCUCUGCAGGAUGUCUCCUUGCUCUGACCAGACUGAGGAGCUCACUCAGGCUCUGGAGCACAUUCAGAUCUGUUGGGAGGUUUGGAAAACUCUGAAAGCAUCAGUACUUACAGGGAGCUUCCCAACAGACCCGACAGACACACUGCUGCUGCUGUAUGAGUUCGAAGCUCGUGCUAAGCUAAAUGAUGCUAAGGUCGAGACGGUACUGGAAUCCGUCCUGGAGCUAGAAAAUGUUGAAACCAAGGUCCUGGAAAUCAUUGCAGCCUUAGCCAUGGAGCCUCCAGCCCACUUCCCUCUGUUGUGUAAGAAGGCCUUGAGGGUCGCUCUCUCUCUGCACAAGAAACAACCACAGGCGGACCUGGCCCGUUGCAGCAAGUGUGUCCACAGCCUGAUCAAGCUGUCCCUCCCAAGUGGCGUGUCAGAGGUGGAGGCCCGUGUGCUGGAGGAGGUGUGGGACUAUUACGAGGAGGCUCUGUCCAUCAUCGCGGCCACAUCCGACGACUUCCCAGAGCUGGAGACCCUGUGGCUGCUGACUCGGGCUUGGAACACUGGGAUAUUGCUGUACAGCCUGGCUCAGUAUCCCGAGGCUGAGAAGUGGUGUGGCCUCGCCAUGAGCUUCGUCUGCCACCUGGGAUCUCUGCAGGAGAGCUACGAGACACAGAUGUCUGGUCUCUACAGUGAAAUCCUGGACAGGUUGGACAAAGCCAAGAAGUACUUUGCCAUAGAGGACUAAAACGAGGACAGGUCAGCCUCGACCUUUAAUUUAUUCAGUUUCACUAAGAUGUUAUUAAUGUUGUGGUGAAAUAUCCAUCACUUAUUCCAGUUUGGAAAAUUCUUGCUGUAAAUGCUGUGUGACUUAGGGACACAGGAUUCACCUAGUGGUUAAGACACAUACGUUUCUGGGGUUUUUUCGAUCCAUGUCCCUUUUCUCUACGGUGUCCUGUCAAUAAAGUUUAAAAUGUCAUUAAUAAAAAAUCGUUUCGAACAAAAGCA